AUGUCGACUUCUGCCUCUCGAAAACGUAAAGGGACCUCGGCUUCUGAUCAGCAAAGUGACAGGAAAAGACUACAAAACCGGAUCUCCCAGCAAUGCUUCCGUGAAAAACAAGCUACUUACAUCAAGCACCUAGAGCAGUUUGUGAACAAUGUGGAGGGAUCCGAUGGAUUUGAAUUCAGUGAUGCAUCAAAAAAUCUGCAGCUGAUUCGUGAGAAUCACAAUCUGCGUGAGUCGCUCCUCGGUAUGCGAAAGAAACUUCUGAGUUUCGGCGCUCAAGCGACAUCCAUGGCCAAUUUGUCGGACGGAGUUUUGGACCCAGCUCAGAAUGUAAAUCAUUCACCGACAUACCUGAAUGAUGAUGAACCCAUAACAAACAUUGUGCAUCGACUUGAACCUACCAAUAUCCAUACGGAAAGAGACAACUCUGUUGUAGCAACCAAUCUAAGUCGACUUCAGCAGGAUGGUCACCGGCUUGAUUCACCACGAAAUGAAGAGAGCAUAGCGGGAAAUCUCAACGGCCACCUGGACCCACCCAGUGAUACCCCUAUCGUACUUGAAUUUGAGGCUGCUAAGCCGUUGUCGACCGAUACAGAUCUCUCAACUUUCUUUGCAGGGGGACUAGUUAAUUUCAGUCCGUUGAAAGGGCUCUUAAUCCAAAAACCCCCAAAUGCCUCUACCAAAUCACCGCUGCUGAUACUGGAAUCUAAAAUACAAAAUGCCGUUCAACAGUUCAGCCUCCAAUCACUUCAUAAUACUAUUAGCAUACUUCCUUUCGUCGGUGAUCUAUCCACAACUGAGAUUCAACAGAUCGAUAACCAAACGCUCAUCGAUAUUGUGCAUCUGGUCGCUCAAGCUAUGUUUCAAGGGAGCCGCGUUGGAGGAUACACCCUAGUGUUGUGCCCAAUUGAUAUCGCCGAAAGGGUGCUUGUUUGGCGAAGUAAUCCCACCAGCGAGAAUCGUAACAGGAUCGAACCGCCCUUUCGGCCCACGGUACUUCAACAACGGUUUCCAGAUCACCACCCCGCAAUUGAUUUGCUCUAUUGGAAUGAGCUACGCGAUCAGCUUAUCCUUUGCCAUGAGGAGAUUGACUUUGGCUCGACUGUCUAUCGCUGGCAGCUUUCCUCGGUCAUCGAGUUCCCUGAGCAGGGAGUUGCGGUUUCGUCGUUGGAGCUCUUUAGCUACCUGGCCAAUCCUGCACAAUACAAUCUAAAUGGAGUAGUUGAAGAGGAUGUCAUAUCCAUUCCCAUUGUUGAUGUCACAGCGCGAGAUAUAACAGCCCAAAUGAAGGAGUUGGCUGCCUCUUACGGACUAGAUCGAUUUGAGGAACGAAAACUUCCGGCAUGGAUGGCCCAUGAAUAUCCCUUUCUUGAUAUGACUAACAUACCUGUCUUUCAAUACUGGUUACAGGCAGUUUCGCAUCAGCCUUGA